CCUGCACUUAAUCGAAUAUGGCAAGUAUUGUUGUAAUUGGAGUUAUGUUCCUCACACUGGCUGCAAUGGUGAAAGAAUUACCGGUCGAUGCCACGGCGAACGGUGUCCUAUUGCUUGCCAUACCUUUGCAGACAACAAAUGACGGAGCCCCUUGUCUAGUACGUGGUCAAUCAUUAGUCAAAAAACGGGACGAUUACACGUACGUACACGGUUUGGGUGGCUACAAGCUUCAUACGCGAGCAACAACAUGGGUUGAAGCACGGUUAAUCUGUCAAGAAGAAGGCGGUCACCUGGCCGUCAUUAACAGCAACGCGGAGGCGGAUGCCAUUGCUCGGGUCUUUCAAAAAGGAGGCCCAAUUACUGGCUCAAACUAUCAAGGAGACGCGCUCAUUGGUUUUCACGACCUUUACCGGAAGGGUGAGUACGUCACUAUUCACGGAGAGUCAUUGGAAAAGGCUGGAUACAACCUCUGGCACAGUGGACAACCCAACAAUCUAGGUAACAAUCAAAGAUGUGGAGGGAUAUGCACUGAUGGACGUCUCAAUGAUCUUUGGUGUAACGAUCAACGAUUUGGGUUUAUAUGCGAAGUUCCAGCGGCUUAAGAUACGGUCACAGCGUUGAAAUAUAAUACAGGAUUUA